AAAAAACAACCCCAGAAGAUCUGAGUCCGCAGUGUUUUAUAGAGAAACAGGAGCUGAUCUGCUGCAGAUUGGAAUGAUCUCUCAUUGCAAGUCUUCUGCUUCCUUUGUUUCCAUUUUCUCUUAUAUUUCUUAAAAAAUACUUUCAAAAAAUACCACAGGAACACCAAAAAGAUGGAUCUCUCAAUGCCAUCAAACGAAAUAAAACUCGAAGAAGGACUUUCUAAAGAAAUAAAACUCGAGGACAGAGUUUCUAGCAGUUCUGUGGCUCAAGAGGAAUAUUUUUGUGUUUCUUCACAAGAACCGACCCAAACCAGUUCAGGAAAAGGGAUGCCUUUCCAUUGUUCAGACUGUGGAAAGAGUUUUAUGAAAAAGAGUGCUUUUCAAACGCACCAGCGCAUUCACACUGGAGAGAAACCGUUUCAGUGCUCAGAGUGUGGACAGUACUUUAGAAAGACUGAAACCCUUAAAAAACACCAGCGAAUUCACACUGGAGAGAAACCCUAUUAUUGCUCGGAGUGCGGGUUAAGUUUUACAGAGAGUAGUCAACUCAAAAGUCACAAGCGUGUUCACACUGGAGAGAAACCGUAUCACUGCUCUGAAUGUGGACAGAGUUUUAGAGACAGUUCUAACCUUAAGAAACACCACCGCAUUCACACUGGAGAGAAACCUUAUCACUGCUCAGAAUGUGGACAGAGUUUUAGAGACAGCGCUAGCCUUAAAAAACACCAGCGCAUUCACACUGGAGAGAAACCCUAUUACUGCUCGGAGUGCGGGUUAAGUUUUACAGAGAGUAGUCACCUCAAAAGUCAUCAGCGUGUGCACACUGGAGAGAAACCGUAUCACUGCUCUGAAUGUGGACAGAGUUUUAGAGACAGUGCUAACCUUAAGAAACACCACCGCAUUCACACUGGAGAGAAACCGUACCAGUGCUCGGACUGCGGGAUGAGUUUUACCGAAAGUGGUUCCCUUAAAAGACACCGGUUCAUUCACACCGGAGAGAAACCGCAUCACUGCAUUGGUUGUGGAAAAAGUUUUAACCAACAGAGUGACCUCAGGAGACACCAGAGCGUUCACACUGGAGAGAAACCGUAUCAGUGCUCAGAGUGUGGGAUGAGUUUCACGCACAGUGGGAACCUGAAAAAACACCAGAGAAUUCAUACUGGAGAGAAACCGUAUCCCUGUUUGGAGUGUGGGAUGAGUUUCAGGAACAGUGGGACCCUGAAAAAACACCAGCGAAUUCAUUCUGGAGAGAAACCGUAUCCCUGUUUGGAAUACUGUGGUAAGAGUUUCAUGAAAAAGAGUGCAUUUCAAACGCACCAGCGUAUUCACACUGGAGAGAAACCGUAUCAGUGCUCAGACUGUGGAAGGAGUUUUACCCAGCAGAGUAAUCUCAAGAAACACCAGCGCAUUCACACGGGACAGAAACCAUAUAUGUGUUCGGAGUGCGGGAUGACGUUUAAUCAACAGAGUGCUCUUCAGGCGCACCGGCGCACUCACACCGGAGAAAAACCGUUUCAGUGCUCAGAGUGUGGACAGUACUUUAGAAAGACUGAAACCCUUAAAAAACACCAGCGAAUUCACACUGGAGAGAAACCCUAUUACUGCUCGGAGUGCGGGUUAAGUUUUACAGAGAGUAGUCAACUCAAAAGUCACCAGCGUGUUCACACUGGAGAGAAACCGUAUCACUGCUCUGAAUGUGGACAGAGUUUUAGAGACAGUGCUAACCUUAAGAAACACCACCGCAUUCACACUGGAGAGAAACCGUACCAGUGCUCGGACUGCGGGAUGAGUUUUACCGAAAGUGGUUCCCUUAAAAGACACCGGUUCAUUCACACCGGAGAGAAACCGUAUCAUUGCAUUGUUUGUGGGAAGAGUUUUAACCAACAGAGUGACCUCAGGAGACACCAGAGCGUUCACACUGGAGAGAAACCGUAUCAGUGCUCAGAGUGCGAGAUGAGCUUUAGAGAGAGUGGUCACCUCAAAAAACACCAGAGAAUUCAUACUGGAGAGAAACCGUAUCCCUGUUUGGAGUGUGGGAUGAGUUUCAGGGACAGUGGGAACCUAAAAAAACACCAGCGAAUUCAUUCUGGAGCAAAACUGUAAGAAUUCUUAGCAGGUCAAUGGAGCUUUAGAGAUUGUGGAACCCUCAGAAGUUUUGAGAACCUGUGGACAGAGCGUUAAACAACAGUGUUCUCUAAAUGGCUACUCAUGGCGCUUUUCAAUUGGCGUGAAACUGGCACGUUUUGGUUUUGCAAAACCUAAUUUCGUACCGUUUGCUGCGUUUUCACCAACAAAAGUAGAUUCUAGAACCAGGAAUGUUCGUUUGUAGAGGGAACUGAAGAAUUCUGGGUUCUUCAGCACCAAUUGCGUUCAUCGCUGCUGUGCAGCACCCUUUGUUGAUAAUGUAUGAUGUGACGUUUUGAUGGUUCCACUAAAACUGGUGAAAAUGCGAACUGGUUCACUGAAAAGCACCAAAAGUUCUUAUAGGCUUGAAAGGAACUGUUUCAAGAACUGGAGUUCUUUUGGUGGAAAAAGUGCUAUAAAGCCCUAUCCUGACAAAAUUAGUUUGUCAGGGGGUUCUGGGUUUUCUCUUUUCUCUCCUCUGUGAUUUUAUUCCCGUCCAGAACGAUCAUGUAGUUGUUUUCCACUUUGGGCUUGCCACAGUUUCCACGGAGAUCCACUUUAAAAACACAAAAGCGAGUGGAAAUGGAGGAGCUACUGAACGCUGCGAUGUCAUGUGACCGAGAAAAAAGUCUAAACUCCCGUCCAGAACGAUCAUGUAGUUGUUUUCCACUUUGGGCUUGCCACAGUUUCCACAGAGAUCCAUGUUAAAAACACAAAAGCGAGUGGAAAUGGAGGAGCUACUGAACGCUGCAAUGUCAUGUGACCGAGAAAAAAGUCUAAACUCUCUGGUCCCCUUGUUUUUCAAUUGCAGUCCAGAUGCAGGAGUUUUAUCACUAAAGAGUAGAAGUGUUAAAUAUUUAUCACAGACGCCCCCUGAGAAAAUAAUCCCGUCCAGAUAGAGCUUUAGAGUCUUUGGGAAGAACCUUAACUUUGAAAUUUGAAAACACAGGUACAUUAAAAAGCAGGUAAUAUCUUAACAUGUAAAGUAGAAACAAGGACAUGGUCAUAAUGUUAUGCUUGGUUGGUGUAUAUAAGUUAAAAUAAUGUGGAAAGCUCUGGUGGACCUCACUUAACCUUUUUUUAGAGGUGUUGGAAGAGUCAGUCAUGUCAUUGCUAUAACCAGUAAAAAUGCAUGGAAUUACUUUAUAUUUCUGGCCAGGUGUUGUGUUGGGCAGUGUGCAGGUUCUUUUGGUAAAUAGUGAAAGAUAGAUAAGUAUAUUCUCCAGUUAAAAAUAAUCAGAACACUUCUUUAGUGGUCCUAAAUUUGUGAAAGAAGAUUAGAAGGGUACUUGUUUGUUUAUUUAAGGACAUUAAAACACAUCGAAAUUAUUUAGGACUGUGCCUUUCAUAUUGGCUUUUAGAAAACAAGGUUGUAAAUUGAUCUAUUGAGAUGUCAACAUCAUCGCAACUGUUGAGUAUAUACAAAAUGUAUGUAUACUUACUCCUAACCUGUUUGUAUUCCACAUUUACUCUUAGUUAUUAGUUUACAUGUUUUACUGAGUUGGUUUGUAGAUAUCAUAAUUACUAACACCAGUAAUGAUUAUAUUAGAAAACACUAAAAACCAAAAGCUCACAAAAAAGUUGUUUAGCAGCAUAAUUCCAAACAACCUGGUCUAAAAACAAACCUUUUUGUAGCUAAAAGUCAUUGGAACAGUAUUGGAAAAAAAAUGCAUCAUCUUUUGUGUGAAAAUAUGGUACAACUAAAUUUUUUUUUUUUCAAUUUCUGUAUGAAACUUUAUGUAUGUACUUUUUAAAAUAUGGAUCUGUAACCUAAUUGUACUGUUCUUGAUGUUUACUGCUCAAAGGAGAACAAUGUAAUUAAAUUUUUAUUAAUAAUUAUCCAUUCCUGCAUUUUAGGCCUACUUCCUACUUUAAAAUGUUGCCUUUACUUCUACCAACAUUUAAUGUGUUUGGCACUGAAGAUCCCAAGUCUGUUCUUUCUGCUAAAACAUCUUAAAAGAUUGGGGUCUUUUGUCACAUUUUAAUGUUUUGCAAAAGUUAGCAGUUUUUCGUGUUCUUUUAUCUGCUGCUGUUUGUUUAAUGACUGUUCUUGAUGUAGUUCUUAAUGCAUCUCAACUUUUCUGGAAUGGCCUAAAAUGCAGGAAAAGAUAGAAACAGCUCUGGAAAAAAAAUAAGAGACCACUUUAAAAAUUAUUUGAUUUUACCAAAUUGAAAACCUCUGGAAUUAUAAUCAAGAGGAAGAUGGAUGAUCACAAACCAUCAAACCACCAAACUGAACUGCUUGAAUUUUUACACCAGGAGUAAAGCAGCAUAAAGUUAUCCAAAAGCAGUGUGUAAGACUGGUGGAGGAGAACAUGAUGCCAAGAUGCAUGAAAAAAAAACUGUGAUUAAAAACCAACCAGGAUUAUUCCACCAAAUAUUGAUUAUUUCUGAACUCUUAAAACUUUAUGAAUAUGAACUUGUUUUCUUUGUAUUAUUUGAGGUCUGAAAGCUCUGCAUCUUUUCUGUUAUUUCAGCCAUUUCUCAUUUUCUGUAAAUAAAUGCUCUAAAUGAGAAUAUUUUUAUUUGGAAUUUGGGAGAAAUGUUGUCUGUAGUUUAUAGAAUAAAACAACAAUGUUCAUUUUACUCAAACAUAAACCUAUAAAUAGUAAAAUCAGAGAAACUGAUUCAGAAACUGAAGUGCUCUUUUUAUUUUUUCCAGAGCUGUUUUAUGAAAUUAAAUAAAGUUAAUGAGAUAAAACAUUAAAUAUAAUGCAUUCAUACUGUCUGCAAUGCAAUUAAUUAUUCUGAUGUAGGAUUAUAGACAAUGUCAGCACAUUACAUAUAAAUGUAUAACACUACAGUAUUAAGUGCAGUACGAUUGACAAUGCCUUAUUUUAUUUUAUUUUUUUUUUGCUUUAGUGUUUUCAAUGUUGUUUGUUAGUUUUUUUUUGCUAUUGAGUGUCUUCUAAUACUUUCUGCCAUUUUUUUCAUAUUAUAGUUAUAUUCAUAUUCUGUUUUCUGUAUUUCUAGUUUUUUUGUGUGUGGGUGUUUUUAAGCCUGUAUUUUCUUCAUCUUGCCAAGACCCUUUUUUCUGUACACUUAUAUGUGUAUAUGUGUGCCAAAUAUUAUUUAAAUAAAUAAAUAAAUA